UCAAAAUCAGAAAAUAUGAGUAACAAAGACGAUGCAGCUUUAGUUAUUGAUAAUGGAUCUGGAAUGAUAAAGGCCGGAUUCAAUGGGGAAAAUUCCCCUGUAGUUGAGUUCCCUUCAGUUGUAGGACGCCCAAAAAAUCAGGAUGUCAUGGUGCAGAAGGACAGCUAUGUAGGAUAUGAAGCACAGAACAAGAGGGGUAUUCUUACCCUCACGUAUCCAAUUGAACACGGUAUUGUUACCAACUGGGGCGACAUGGAGAAGAUCUGGCAUCAUAUCUUCUAUAAUGAACUCCGUGUGGCCCCAGAGGAACAUCCUGUCUUCCUAACCGAGGCCCCACUUAACCCAAAGGCCAACAGAGAAAAGAUGACACAGAUAAUGUUUGAAACCUUCAAGUCUCCGGCCAUGUACGUAGCCAACCAGGCUGUACUUUCUCUGCAUGCCUCCGGUCGUAAAACUGGAAUUGUACUUGAUUCUGGAGACGCUGUCACCAACGCAGUACCCAUUUUUGAGGGACGUGUUCUUGCCCAUGCCGUUUUCCGAUUAGAUUUUGCUGGACGUGAUCUGACAGAUUAUUUCCUGAAAAUUCUCAAAGAACGUGGGUACUCUUUUACAACCACAGCUGAGAGAGAAAUUGUCACUAAUAUUAAAGAGAAAUUAUGCUGUGUUGCUCUGGAUUUCGAACAGAAAAUGCAAACAGCAGCGUCAUCAUCAUCCCUGGAGAAGAGCUAUGAGCUUCCUGACGGCCAAGUCAUCAUUAUUGACAAGGAGCGAUUCCGGUGCCCAGAAGCCCUGUUCCAACCAUCUUUCCUUGGAUUGAAAUCUGAUGGUAUUAUCGAAACUAUAUAUAACAGCAUCAUGGAAUGUGAUAGCGAUAUUAUUAAGAAGUUGUUCGAAAAUAUAGUAUUGUGUGGCGGUUCAACUAUGUUCCCUGGUAUUGCUGACCGUUUGCAGAGAGGAGUCGUAUCUUUAGCUCCUCCAUCAAUGAACGUCAAGGUCUUUGCUGCAUCUGAAAGGAAACACUACGCCUGGAUCGGUGGUUCUACCCUUGCCUCCUCCUCUAGUUUCCAACAAAAGUGGAUCAGCAAAAAAGAAUAUGAAGAAUCUGGUCCUUCUAUUGUGCACAAAAAAUGCAUUUAA